AUGUAUGCCACAACAUGCAAAGUAAAAGGCAAUUCAGACCCUAAUGUCAUGAAAGGUAUCGUUGCUGGCUUUGCAGGGAAACUGAAAGAGGAAGAAGAGUCUGAGAAGGAAGUCCAGUCUAAAGAAGACUCAAACUGUGAUGGGAAUUGUGAUUACUAUAAGUCCCUGUGUACUAUGAAUGGACUGUUAGUUCUCACGACGAAAGACAAUCUAAUUCUGGAUUUAAUAGAUAAAAUCCCAGAUCCAAAAGAAAGAAGAGCACAGUUAGAAGCCUAUUUGGAAGUGAAUAAAGACAUGCCUGAAGCUUCUAAAGAAUCACUUCUCAAGAAAUUCACAAAUCGGAAAGGCUUACGCGUGCUAGAUCGGAGCUACGCGCAUCGAGACUGCGAGCAAGUGGCGCGAUCUACUGGACAGCAAGGAUGGUGGCGCGAUGAACUCGAGGAGCUGUGGCGCUGCGAUUUGGCUGAGGAUGAAGCGCUGCUGCAGGAUCGCGGAACAGGUCCGCGGAAUAUUUUUCGGAGGUCCGGAACUCCCCAAAAAGGCCCUCGAGAGCCGAGGCACGGGUGCCACACCGGCCACCGGCACUGGCUGGCCGGGCACGCGCAGGUGCCUGCCGGGCACCGGUGCUGCCGCGGCACGGAGGAAGCCGGCCGCGGCCACGGAGGAGCUGGCCGCCCGGCCACGGCGGAACUCGGCCGCAGGGCACGGCGAGGCAGCAGCCGCCCCAGGCCUACGGCGGCGACCUGCCGCCCCAUUCCUGGGCAAGGCCUGCAGGCCCAGCCGGGCGAGGCUGGCCGCCCAGCGCGGGCGGGCCAGCCCCGGUCAGCGCCUGGCGGGGCUGUCGCCCCGCGCGGGCGAGGCGUUGCCGGGCCCCGCGCAGGCGGGCCUGGCCCCCCCACGCCCCUGGGCGGCACUGCGGCCCAACUUGGGCGACAGCCUUUGCCGCCCAGACCAGGCGGGGCCUGCCGCCCCACUGGGCUGCAGCUUGCUGCGUUUUUCCCAAAGGCGGGCAACGCCCCACCAGCGUGGCGGGGCUGCCGCCCCACGACAGAUGGCGGCACCUGCCGCCCAGCCCCUUGA